CAGGGGCAGGGCAGGGGCAGGGGCGGGCGUUUCCUUUUCAUCCUUGAUCGCACUUUCUUCCAUCAGCGAGGAUCCUAUCCUCCUCUCUUCCGAUUGAAAUCGCGUAGAGAGAAAAGUGCAGAGAUACAAUCCCUGUAUUAGCUCGCCCUCUUAUUUUUGUCCUCAUCGUCAUGUCCAAGAGAGUUCUUUGCAAGUUCUUCGCACAUGGUGCUUGUUUGAAAGGGGAGCACUGCGAGUAUUCACAUGACUGGACAGCUCCACAGAACAAUGUUUGUACCUUCUAUCAGAAAGGAAUGUGUACUUAUGGAAAUCGAUGCAGAUAUGAGCACGUCAAGGCUUCUCGUCCAUGGUCCGGUGCAUCAUCCUCAUCCUCAUCAUCGUCAAGAACUUCCUCACAGCCCCCCAUUUCAGGGUGUGUUCCUCAAGUCUUAACUUCUAGGAGUGGGGUACAUUGCAGCUCCACUUCUGUAGAGGUUUCUUCACGAAGCAGACCUUUAGGUCCCCGUAACCAACCUGCAUGGAAUCGAGGCUUUGAGCAGCCUGAUUAUGUUGAUGGCACUGACGUCAUAGAGUCUAGAACUGUCAGACCAGCCGAUCAGUCUAUCUGCUCAUUUGCUGCUGCUGGCGAUUGUCCUCGUGGAGAAGCUUGCCCUCAUAUUCAUGGGGAUUUAUGCCCUACAUGUGGAAAACACUGCUUGCAUCCUUUUAGACCCGAAGAAAGAGAGGAGCAUAUGAAGACUUGUGAGAAAAAGCAAAAGCAGCUUGAGGCAUUGAAACUUAGUCAAGAAAUAGAAUGCAGCGUAUGCUUAGAUCGUGUUCUUUCGAAGCCCACUGCAGCUGAAAGGAAGUUUGGUAUAUUGUCAGAAUGUGAUCAUGCAUUUUGCAUAACAUGCAUCAGGAACUGGCGUAGUAGCUCACCAACUACUGGAAUGGAUGUGAAUAGUUCGUUGAGGGCCUGCCCAAUAUGUCGCAAGCUUUCUUACUUUGUCAUCCCCAGUGUCAUUUGGUACACCUCAAAAGAAGAAAAACAGGAAAUUAUCGACAACUACAAGGCCAAACUCAAGUCAAUUGAUUGUAAGCACUUCAAUUUUGGAGAUGGAAACUGCCCAUUUGGGACUAGUUGUUUUUACAAGCAUACGGUCAAGCCAGGGUCAUACACAUGGAUACAUCGCAGGCCACCUCCCCGCAGGCGCAGGCGCAGGCGCAAUCCUGCAAAUAUGGAUGCAAUGUUUGGUGUUUUUGAGCAUUUACUUUUUCUUGAGAGCCUUAUGGGAGAUGAAGACUUGGAUUUCUAUAAUGUUGAAGACACCGAUGAUGAUGAUUUUAUAUCUAUGGAGAUGGCUAUUUUAUUGGCACGACUGGGAACUAACUCGGCAUGCAUACAGAGAUGGACGGCUGGAGGAAGUUGUUUUGAGGCAUCUAGGAGCUGAAGAUGGAGAAACAGUGAUAGCUAAGGAUAUUAGGCUGUCGGACUUUCUUGGUGAUCUACGGAUCAGUUAAGCAGUGCCAGUAGUACAUUCCAAGGGGUGAUGCCUAUUUGAAGUAUUUGUGAAUUUUCCUUAUCUGUUGGCAUGGCAUCUCUUCAUCAGUUGUUGAGAUGCGGUGUUGUCUGCCCUCGGAGGUUGAAACGGAAUUAAAAUUUGGAUGCUUUGGACAUGCGGAGUUCUACAAUAAAGUAAAUUGUAUCUGGAAAAGAAUAAGGGGGUGAAGAAACAUGGGGAACGUAUAUUUACACAUGUUUGUUGGGCAUGUUUUUCUCCAUUUGGCUCUGAUCUGUGCAUGUUUGGUGUUUGUUGCCGACACUUCACAGUCUGGAGCAAUGGGAUACUUGUAAAAGAAGUCUAGUGGUGGUAUUGGUUUGGCUUCAAAAUGAAGUCACGAAAGCAUUUCUGUGUGCGCUAAAAUUGAUGGAUCAUGUAGCAAAA